AUGGAAGAGUAUAGUAAAGUUUCGAUUCAAAAGAAGGAUACAAACUUCAUUAUUUUCAACAUCGAGUCCUCUACGAUCAAAGAAAGUACAUGUAUCGAGUACAGAUCUCCAGUGUUUACGUUUAAAGAUCAUCCCAAGGAAGAAUGCUAUCUGAGCUUUGUAUCAGUAUUGUCGAAAGUAAAGAUACCUUCUCAAAAAGUGGCUGGCAUGACAUUACAUUUCAUUAACAAACAAGGAAGCCAAGAGGAAACAUGUACGUAUCAAGUAGUAAGCAGCGUUCUCAAUAGGCCUGAAUUUGGAACGCAUGCUUUUCAGAGCCACCGAUUCUGUAUUAAUGAAUUAAAACACUGGAAGUUCUUUAGUAUUAAUGAACUUUCCAAGAUAGUUAACAAAAGUGGUAUUGUUCAACUGUGUUUUGAUGUAACUCGUUUUGCGGAUGAAGAAACUGGAUCUAUCGAGUCUUCCUUCAUAACUCAAGAUGAUGACAAAAUGUUGAAGCUUUAUUCCUUUGCACAAAAUGACGAAUACACAGACGUUGUUCUUAAAAUUGGGGAUGAAGAAUUUAAAGCUCAUAAAAAUAUACUGGCUGCUCGUAGUGCAGUAUUUGAUGCAAUGUUCAAAAGUAAAAUGAUGGAGGAACAAACGGGUGUUAUAAAAGUUGAAUAUUUCAAGUCUGAAGUGAUAAAAGAAAUGCUGUAUUAUAUUUAUACCAAUAAUGUAGAAGAUUUGCCAAAGAUUUCUCAUGAUCUGUUCGAAGCUGCACAUUUCUAUAACUUAAUGGAUCUAGAAACUUUGUGCAUAAAUCAUAUGAUAUCAAACGUAAACGUAGACAAUGUGACUAUGUUAUUAGAAUUGGCUGAAAAAUAUAACUUGCAAGAUGUGCAGUUUCAUGUGACCAAGUUUAUUAAGAAUAAUGAAGCAUUAGUUAUGAAAAACUCAGAAUAUUUGAGUUACUUGUUAUCACGCUUAAGUGUUAAAAAUAUAGCCAAAUGUCUUACAUUAGCUGAUAAGUAUAAACUAAAAGAUUUCAAAACUCCACUGAAGGAGUUUGUUAGAGACAACAUUAAGCAAGUUAUUAAGGACUCAACGUAUAGAUACUUGUACACCACUAAUAUGAGUUUAAUACUGGAAAUAGAUGAAUUCAUUGCUGACCAUUAUGAAAAGUGA